AAAUCGGCCUUUUUUUCGACGUUUGUACCUCCAGUUACCUAUCUCGGAUCCUUGGCGACGUUUUUGGGGAAGAUUUGGGUGUUUUUCGUGGCCAUACAAGAUGUGGAAUUUGCUGAUUUUGUGCGUGGUGGCAGCGAGCUUGGGUGUGAUACGGGGUGAGGAUGGACACUGUAUUUGGUACGGGCAGUGUGGCAGGCAGCCGGGGGACAAGUAUUACAACUGCCUCUACACCGGGCCGGCCAAACCAUUGGAGAGUAGGGAGGGGCAGGAUAUCCUGGCUCAACUGUGCCCACAUCUUGCCGGGGACGGGUCGGAAACUCCCAAAGUCUGCUGUGAUGUCAACCAGCUCAAGACUCUACAGGACAACAUGCAGGUUCCCCAGCAGGCCUUGCAACGUUGUCCGUCGUGUUACCAGAACCUUCUGCGGCUGUACUGCGAGUCAACCUGCUCCCCUCACUUGAGCGACUUCAUCACCAUCGACAGUACUUCCCCAUACACGCCCCCAACCCAGACACCCUUCCACACGCAACCCCCCAUGCAUAACCUCACGUCCUUCAUCCAAACCCCCAACGAAGCCCCAAUCCUCCAACUGGACGAACUGGAAUCACCAAGCGACGUAUUUGCGGUCGGAAACGGCACUCAGGAGUACAACGUUGUUGAAGUGACGUACUACGUGAGUUUCGACUUCGCCUGGGGGCUCUACAACUCCUGCCAGAGCGUGCAGUUUCCAGCCAGCAACACCCGCGCCCUGGGGAUCAUGUGCGGGCGAUCCGCCGAAGACUGCACCAGCCCCGAUAUCUGGCUGGGCUACAUGGGCAACAAGGACAACGGGCAAGCUCCGUUUCAGAUCAACUUUGUCAUCAACAACACGGGGCCGAACUCCACGAUUCAGCCGAUGAAUGACCGCGCGUACACCUGCAUGGAGAGUCCCGAUAACGUGAGCGCGGCGUGCAGCUGCCAGGACUGUCCGGCGGUCUGCGGACCGCGACCCAAACCGCCGCCCCCGAAAAAACCGUGGCACCUCUUCGGUAUAGACGGGAUGACCAUCGUGAUGUCUUUCGCGUACGUCGCGUUCGCUUUCCUCUUCUGCGUGGUGCUUUCGCUCACGUUCCUGAUUCGGCGGUGCGGGUCGAGUUCGGCGGAAAGCGACGACCUGUGUUCGUUCGUCGGUGAGGACAGCGUAAACGUGAACGGUGACCCGGUGAAGCAAAAGGUUGUGACCUCAGCCGACAUUGGGUGUCUGGAGAAAUGUGGAGAGAUGAUGGAGAACCUCAUGUUUAAGGUGUUCCAGCGAUGGGGCCUGUUCUGUGCCCGGCACCCCGUGGUCGUGUUCGUGUGUGGAGUUGUGGUGAUCGCAGUGUGUGCUGCUGGACUUACCCAGUUCCAGGUAACCACAGACCCAGUGCUCCUGUGGUCAGCGCCAGACAGCCGUUCCCGCGUACAGAAAGACUACUUCGACAGCCACUUCGGGCCAUUCUACCGCUCAGAACAGCUGAUCAUAACCGCGCCCGGCAGCGAGUGGACGAACUAUGACCCUUACCCCGCGGGUGACCCCAUACCCUUCUCACCUGUGCUGAGGAAGGACAUCCUACACCAGAUCCUUGACCUUCAGACGCAGAUCGAGGGUCUUGAAGUCUGGUACGAGGAGGAGAAACGUCACAUCAAACUUGAAGACAUCUGCAUGAAGCCGCUCGCUCCGGUGAACAACAACUGCACCAUCAUGUCUCCACUCAACUACUUCCAGAACAGCCAUCACAUGCUGGACCUCAGGAUCGGGGACUUCUUCUACACUUAUGCAGAUUAUCAUACUCAUCUCAUGUACUGUGCACAAGCCCCAGCCUCAGUGAACGACACCACACAGCUACACACCUCCUGUCUCGGUACCUUCGGCGGACCGGUGUUUCCCUGGAUCGCUCUGGGCGGGUACGAAGGUGAGAACUUCACCCAGGCAGAAGCUGUGAUCAUCACGUUUGUUGUGGACAACUCUCUGAACCAGACCGAGGUUAACCGGGCGCUCGCCUGGGAGAAGGAGUUCGUAAACUUCAUGAAAAAGUACACAGACCCGGCUAACCCCACCAACUCUAACCUCAGUAUCAGCUACUCAGCACAGAGAUCUAUCGAGGAUGAACUUGACCGUGAGAGUGCCACCGACAUCUACACCAUCUUGGUUAGCUAUCUCAUCAUGUUUGCCUACAUCUCCAUCGCUCUGGGACAGUUCUACAGCUGUAGCAGACUACUGCUUGACUCUAAGAUCUCCCUGGGUCUGUGUGGAGUGUUAAUCGUGCUCUGUGCCACGGCCUGCUCCAUCGGAGUCUUCAGCUACGCCGGGAUUCCCGCUACCCUCAUCAUCAUCGAGGUCGUGCCCUUGGUUCUCGCCGUGGGAGUGGACAAUAUCUUCAUCCUGGUACAGGCUUUCCAGAGAGAUGAGCGUAGGAAGAAUGAGGAACUUGAGGACCAGAUCGCGCGAGUUCUUGGCCAGGUGGCACCGAGUCUGUUCCUCACCAGCUUCUCCGAAACCGUUGCCUUCUGUCUCGGCGGCCUGUCCACGAUGCCAGCGGUCCGUGUAUUCUCCCUCUACGCUGGUCUGGCCGUGUUCUUCGACUUCCUGCUGCAGAUCACCUGCUUCGUUAGUCUGCUCACCAUCGACGCUCGACGACAGGAGAACAACAGGAUGGAUUUCUGCUGCUGUGUGAAGGUGGAGGGGAAGAGCGAGGUCACCAAGUCAGAAGGAUUCCUGUACGCCUUUGUCAAACACAUCUACGCACCCGCCGUGCUUAAGGACUGGGUUAGGCCCUUCAUUGUAUUGUUAUUUGCGGGAGCUGUAGCCUACAGUGGAGCUGUAGUUAACAAACUGGACGUAGGACUGGACCAAAAGCUCUCCAUGCCAGAGGACUCGUACGUCCUUGAGUAUUUCUCCAACAUCAGCCGUUACCUGAAGGUCGGUGCUCCUGUGUACUUUGUGGUGGAGGAGGGGCAUGACUACACGACGAAGGCUGGACAAAACAUGAUCUGUGGCAGCAGUGGCUGUAACAGGGACAGUCUGGUGCAGCAGAUAGGAGAUGCACAUCUUAUAGCUGACUAUUCUAAGAUCUUUGCAGCUCCGUCCUCCUGGAUAGAUGACUACUUUGACUGGAUGAACCCCCUCGGGAACCCCCCCUGCUGCAGGGUCUACAACAACACUGAGAGGUUCUGCAAUGCAUCAGUUGACAGCGAGACGUGCGUUGGUUGCCGUUCCCCUCGAGACCGUGGAAUCCGGCCGGUCGGAGAUGAGUUUAUGGAGUUUCUGCCGAUGUUUCUAACUGACGUCCCGACAACUGCCUGCGCUAAGGGUGGCCAUGCAGCUUAUAACUCUGCAGUGGACCUGAAACGAAACGAUGUUGGUGCGACGUACUUCAUGACGUACCACAAAAACUGCAACACAUCAGCAGACUACAUCGACGCUCUGAAGUACGCAGAAGAACUGGCGAAUAACAUCACAGCCGCAAUGAACAUCACAGACAACAGCUAUAAGGUCUUCCCUUACAGCUACUUCUACGUGUUCUAUGAGCAGUACCUGACGAUCUACCACGACACGGUGACCAGUCUGUCCUGGUCGGCGCUGGCCGUGUUCCUCGUGUCCUUCUGCAUGCUCGGGUUUGACCUGGUCUCCGCGCUCAUCAUCAUCCUCACUAUCGGCAUGAUCGUCCUCGACAUGAUGGGCGUCAUGUACCUCUGGGGCAUCAGCCUCAACGCCGUGUCACUGGUCAACCUCGUCAUGGCCAUGGGCAUCUCAGUGGAGUUCUGUUCCCACGUGACGCGAGCGUUCGCCGUCAGCACGAAAACCUCCCGCGUCGAGCGAGCCAAGGAGGCACUAGUCCACAUGGGCAGUUCUGUAUUUAGCGGUAUCACGCUGACUAAGUUCGGAGGAAUUGUCGUCCUGGCCUUUGCGAAGUCUCAGCUGUUCCAGGUGUUCUACUUCAGGAUGUACCUGAGUAUCGUGCUGCUCGGCUUCUCUCAUGGACUCAUCUUCCUACCUGUGCUGCUCAGUUAUAUAGGUCCUUCGGUAAACAAGGCGAAACUCUUCACACAACAGAACGGCGUUCAGAGUCAGCCGGUUAACAACGAGAGAACACCGCUUCUCCACGAGUCGCGGAGACAGGCCGGAACAAACGCGCCGCUAGGGACGGCCAACGGGAUCUAUGUUUAGAAAUUUCAUUAUACUAUCAUGAAAGUUCAUCCGUGUUGGUAGUUACAUGU